AAAUAGGAGGACGCCAUCUUAUCUGGCUGGUCCGGAUCUGAACUACGUUUCCCAGAGUCAACAGCGGUGCGACGUUACCUCUUUCAAAGAGGUGACAAGAUUGCUUUCUCCCCGCAGGGACCCACGCGGGACUAAGGGGAGACACAAGUAGGUGGCACAAGUUUUAUUUUUCUCUUAACUUGCACUGCUGGGGCUUCUGGGAUCUCUGUAGGAUGGUGUUACCUCACCUGUGGAAAAUGCCCUGUCCUCCCUGGGAAGGCAGGACUCCAGUACACAUGAAUAUAGUUACCAAAUCAAGAAGUUUUCAACUAUUGGGAGCUGAUGAAGCAAAAACAACAAAAGGCAUCUAUAAAAAUACAGCUGUUUUUAGAAUACCCUGAGCUAUUAUUUCAUGUUCAAAGGAAGGUAUUUUUAAAGACUCUGUACUUGUCUAAAAGAAGAACCUAGAGUAAUCUGAGCAGGUCAGGUAGUUCUAAAAAGCCAUGGCCCAGGGAUUUGUGACAUUCAGGGAUGUGGCCAUAGAGUUCUCUCAGGAAGAAUGGAAGUAUCUGGAACCUGCCCAGAGGGACUUGUACAGGGAUGUGACUUUGGAGAACUUCGGUAACUUGGUCUCACUAGGACUUUCCUUUUCUAAGCCUGAUGUCAUCUCCUUAUUGGAGCAAGGGAAAGAACCCUGGAUGAUUGCAAAUGAUGUAACCAGGUGCCCAGGUGUGGUUGUUAAUGAUUGUGAGCUUGCUGUCCUUUCACUGUUCAUAUUUCUCGUCUUCUUUUUCUUAGACUUGGAGUCCAGAUGUGAGAAAUUUCCACAUAAAGAUAUUUUAGGAGUAAAGGCAUUCAGUUGGGAGCUAAUGGAAAGCCUUAAAUGCUGUGAUUUUGAGAGCACUGAUUUUAAAGAAGACUGGGAAUACAAACUUCAAUUUGAAAAACAAGUAAAUAAGGAAUGUUAUUUCAAGCAAGUGGAAAUUACAUCUGAAAACAUACCUACAUUUGAGCAUCAUACAUCCCUCACUGUACAUCAGAGCAAUGAGAUUGGCAAGAAACUAAUUGAAUGUAAUGAAUGUGGGAAAGCAUUUAGCCGUGGCUCACACCUUAUGCAACAUCAGAAAACUCACACUGGUGAAAAACCCUUUGAAUGUAAGGAAUGUGGGAAGGCCUUUAGUCGAGCCUCACACCUUGUUCAACAUCAGAGAAUUCAUACAGGUGAGAAACCUUAUGACUGUAAGGAAUGUGGGAAGGCCUUUGGUCGUUCUUCAGAACUUAUUCUACAUCAGAGACUUCAUACAGGUGUCAAACCCUAUGAAUGUAAACAAUGUGGAAAAACCUUUAGACAGCAUUCACAACUCAUUCUGCAUCAAAGAACUCAUACGGGUGAAAAACCUUAUGUAUGUAAAGAUUGUGGGAAGGCUUUUAUUCGUGGCUCACAACUUACUGUUCAUCGGAGAAUUCAUACAGGUGCUAGACCCUAUCAGUGUAAAGAGUGUGGGAAGGCCUUUAGACAGCAUUCACAACUUACUGUGCAUCAGAGAAUUCAUACUGGUGAGAAACCCUAUGAAUGUAAGGAAUGUGGAAAAGGCUUUAUUCAUAGCUCAGAAGUUACUCGACAUCAAAGAAUUCAUUCUGGGGAGAAACCUUAUGAAUGUAAGGAAUGUGGAAAGGCCUUUAGACAGCAUGCACAGCUUACUCGACAUCAGAGAGUUCAUACUGGUGACAGACCCUAUGAAUGUAAGGACUGUGGGAAGGCCUUUAGUCGUAGUUCAUACCUUAUUCAACAUCAAAGAAUUCAUACAGGUGACAAACCCUAUGAAUGUAAGGAAUGUGGAAAAGCCUUUAUUCGUGUUUCACAACUGACUCAUCAUCAGCGAAUUCAUACUUGUGAGAAACCCUAUCAAUGUCGGGAAUGUGGAAUGGCCUUUAUUCGUAGUUCACAACUUACUGAACAUCAGAGAAUUCAUCCUGGUAUCAAACCUUAUGAAUGUAGAGAAUGUGGGCAGGCCUUUAUUCUUGGUUCACAGCUCAUUGAACACUACAGAAUCCAUACUGGUUAGAAAGCCUUGAUUCCUAUCAAAAGGGAUGUAGGGAUGUAGGAAAACCUUUAUAUGGAGUUUACACCUGACUUAAUAUUAGAUAAAGCCUAAUGUAGUAUAUCAGAAAACCUGCAUUUGUCAUAUCCAUUGUGGAACAUCAGGCAUCUCAUGCCAGGAGAAAAUUUAAUAAAUGUGGGAAUUCUUUUUGCCUCACACUCACUGUUUACUAUGUAUCAGAGAAAUUAUGGUGAAAAAAUACUAAUGAAUGUAAAACAUCUCUGUUACUACUCAGAAUAUAUUAAACUUAUGAGAAUUCCUAAUAGAAAAUGAAUCUAUUAAAAUAGUUUGUGAAUGUGCCUUUUGCCAUGGCAUAUACCUUAACUUAAUAUUAGUUCAUUUCUACCAGUUACUGACUGUAUAGCAUUGGGCCAAUUAUGCUGUCUCUCUUUUCCUCAGUUUACUUAUUUUUAAGCCGUGAUAAUAAUACCUACCUAAUAGAGUUUUUGUGAGGACUGUCAGGUAUUUUAUAUAAAGCCUGUGCUGAAUAAAUGGGUAUUAGCUAUUAAUCAUUAAUAAAUAGUGUUACCAUUAAGUAGGGCCUUGCGAAUGUGUCAAAUAUCAGAAUGCCCUUAUAACCACUUGUGAUAAUUCAUUCUGAAAACCAGUAGUAAAGUAUGUGACAAGUAUUUCAUCCAAAGGUUAGAAAUUCAGAUUAGUCCUGGGUACCUAUAGCUAUCUGUUCACAAAAGCCAAGUCAAUAAAACAUUGUCUUCUCUGUCUUUUAGCUGGAAAAAAAAAUCAGAAGAUUAGAGGUUAACAGAAAAGUAGCCAAAAGAAAUCUGCCAUUUAUAAAAACCAAGUAUACCUUGAUUUCAAGAAAAACCAAACUAAAAUUACAAACUAGAAAUGAAUGACAGUAAAUUCUACAUAUCAAAACCAGUUCAUUGUAGCCAAAGCUGUAUUGUCAGAAGCCAAGGAUAGAAGGUAGGGGUUCUUCAAAUAUUGAUCUUCAACUCCCUUCAAGUCAUUGCAAGUCACAUACCAAGCACAUUGAAUGAAUGGUCAACUCUAAAAGUUAGGAAAAAAUUACCACCUAAAACCCAAGACAACAGAAAGAAUAAUUAUUGAAAAUAAAAGAAAAAAAUUAGUAGAGAAUAGUAGACUUAACCUAGAGGUUGUUUAUUUAAUAAGAUAUAUAAGAUGAUUGACAAGUCUAAUCUAGAAACAACACAUUUACUAUUAUGAAUGAGGAAGGGCAGAUUCUUUUUAAGUAGUUCCUAUGCAUGACUUUAUUCUAAUAUAUUUGAAAUCUACAGAGAAUGGAUUUUUACAAAAAUAUCAAAAUUGGCUCAAGAAGAUGUAGAAUACCUGAAUAAAUUAGUGAUUGUAAAAGGACAUAAAAAGUCAUCAAAGUUUCUACCCCUUCAGAGAAAGUAGUUUCACCUACAAAAACAAAGGAUUAUCUGCCAGUUCUCUUUCAAGGCUAAAUAAAAUUAUGAUUUAAAAAAAAAAACUUGACAAGGAUAGCUCCCCAAAAACAAAUUGUAUAUGGUUAUCAUUUGUAAAGAUUAAUAUUAAUAAAAUUUCUCCUAAUUUAAUCCAGUCUAUUCAAAUGAAAAAGUAAUUUUAGAUGGAAUAUCUAGGAUUUCACCUGUUCUGAAGUAUGUCUUUAGAAUUUUGGUAUUGUAGCUGUAGGUGAUGACAAUGAUGGGGCAAAGAGCAUUGAUCCAACCCCAAUGACAUUUGGAUCAGGGCUUGUGAACCUGAGAGAUUUUAAGAAAUAGGUCCCCUCAGCCCUUGGGGCAGCCAAGUGUUGGGGGCAGGGGGCCUGUUGCAUUCCAAAUAUCAUUCACCUCAGAAAUCCUGCAUGUUGCAUAAAAACAUAUGCAUGUGCCACUGCCUACAAAGGAUUAGAAAGCAGUGUUCUGCAUGCCACUUUUCUUUAAGUGGUUUAAUGAUUAAGAUGUACAGUUGGAGGGACUCGAUGCUAUGACAUUAAAAAGUCAUACAGGAAUAGUUAAUACACAUGCACAAGACAAAAUUUUUAAAGUUAUACAAAUUAGUAUACAGACAUAAAUCUCCAUGCUAUCUGUGCCCCCUUUUCAGCCCAUUAACUACUAUUUAGUAAUAGCUGGUAUCAAGGUCUUGUGUAUACUUCCUCACUUUUAUGUUUGCAUAAGGUUAUACAUAACACUAAGAACUUACAAAAAUGGUAGCUAAUCUCUCUAUAUAUACAUUGCUAUUUUUACUUAUCUAUACACCACGAAGAUUAGACCACAUCAGUACAUACAUAACCCUUAUUUUUAACAGCUGCAUAGUAUUUCAUCAUGUUUGGUUUCAUUAAUUGAAACCUUAUUAAUUUUAUCUUUAUUAUUUUUGCUCUUUUAAACAAUACUGUAAUAAAUGUCUGCACAUAAAUCUUUAGAAGUGGAAGUACCGAUCAAAAUGUGUACACUUUGUGAAAAUGUAAACAUAUAUAAAAAUAACACAGAAUAUUAUAAUGUACCCCAAAGUCCCCAUCACCAGCUUCAGUAAUUAUCAACUCAUGGCCAGUCUUUUUAAAAAGUUUUUUUUUUUUUUUAUUUUUAGAGGGGAAGGGAAGGAAAAAGAAAGGGAGAGAAACACUCAUCAUUUGCCUCUCGUACACUCCCAGCCUGAAACAGAACCUCCAACCCAUCCAUGCAUGUGCCCUGACCAGGAAUUGAACAUUUCAGUUUGUGAGAUAACAGCCAGCCCACUGAGCCACACCAGUCAGGGCAUUGCCAGUCUAGUUUUAUGUGUAAUCUUACUCUUGCCAUCUCCAUGUUACAAUAUUUUUUAAGUAAAUCCCAGAUAUAUUAUUUCAUCCAUAACUCUCAGUAUGCAUCUCUAAAUACUAUAUCACAACUUUAGAAAAGAUUUUCAAGUCCUUAAAAAAGUUGACAAUACUGCCUUAAUGUCAUUAUAUAUAUGAUAGUGUUUUCUAAUUAUUUUAUGUGUCAAUUUAAAAAAACAAUGUAAAAAAAUUUGAAUUACAUAAAGUAAAAAUAAAAAAACAAUGUCCACAAAUUACAGUUGAUUGUCAUGUCUCUUAAAGUCUCAAUCUAGCAUUCUCCCUUGUCCUUUUUUUCUUGCAAUGUAUUUUUUUGAAGAAAGUUGUUUGCCUUGUAGAAUUUCCAGAGCCUGCUUUUCAUUGGCUGCAUCCUCGUGGUGUAGUUUAACAUGGCCCUCUAUCCUUAGUGUUUCCUAUUAAUUGGUAGUUGGUAUCUAGAAGCUUAAUCACACUGAGAUUAAAUUUUUUUGUUAAGACCACUUACAGGUGAUUAAUAUUAAAAGGCACAACAUUUAGGUGUCUUUAUGACUUAGCAGCCACUGAUACUCAAUUUAUAAAUCCAAUCAUUAGGGAUUGCAAAAUGAUAUCCUAUUAUUUAUUCUUCUUUGUUAGCUAGAAUAUUUAUGAAGAAAAACCCCUUCAACUAUUAUUUGGUUACCCAUGUUACAGUAAGGAAAGGCAAGAUAAUGCUUCUUUCUUACUUUAUUUCUUGAUUUCUUUAUUAAUUUUCAAAAUAAUGAGUUGGUUCCCUAGCAUUUUGCAUGGUAAUCAGUGAGUUGGGUGAGGGGGUGAAGUAUACUUAAUAUAUUUAAAUCCAUUUAACCUUACUGAUAUUCAAAUUGUUCCAUGUGUGGUGUAUGGAUGCCUCUUUCAUCAUUUGGCUCCUAUAUCCUUUUGAGAUGACCACACUAGUCUUUAAAGUUUAUUAUUAUUAUUGAUUUGAGAGAGAGAAAUCAAUUUGUUGUUUUACUUACUUAUGCAUUAUCUGGUUGCUUCUCAUAUGUGCUCUUACCAGAGAUCAAACCUGCAAUCUUGGCAUAUCAGGGCAACGCUCAAAGCAACUGAGCUACCUGGCCAGGGCUAACGUAGCCUUUUAUUGCUUGCUACUGGUCGCCACAAAAUGUGCCACAUUCAUCUUGUUCAUUUCCUGCCUUUCACCUUGAAGUAACCAUUUCCAAGGAGUUCUCUUUAUUUUUGAUAUUUUGGUACUUUCCAAAUUGUAUUUGGAAACUACAUUGUAUUGCUAAGAGUGCAAUCUCACAGUCCUGGUUGGACAUUUUUUAUAAAUAUAUACAUUUUAAGCUAUUUUAUACACAUUGCUCAAGUGCCUUCAAGAAGAUUAUGUAUCUACCUGCAGUAAAAGAUCCCAAAGCACCACAUUUUUCUAACCCUGGAGGGAACAUUUAUUUUGAACAUAGACUAUUUAAUAAAUGAAAAUGGAAAAGUCAUUUUUGUUUUCACUUCCAUUCCUUUGAUUGUGAUUAAUGUAGAGAUGACCAUUUGUUUACCUAUUUAUUGACCAAUGGCAUUACAUUUAGCAUGGGCCUAAAACAUAGUAGGUACUCAAUAAAU